CAGAGUGAGGGGGCUUUUAAAGGAUUUGACAGUGAUUUGUAGAAUCACAGUUGUGGAAUGUUUGGGCAUUUCCACUUUUUUUUUUCUAAAGCUCUGAAUGCUUUCUAUAUCGAAACCUCGUCUUAAUCCGAAGAAUCUUUAAAUUGUCUUUGUGUGUGAGGAGACCGUGGGCAUUUUAAGAUGAGAGCUGAAGACUCGGAUGCUGGGGACGUUCACUGUCGCGCUUCGAACCCGUCAAACUUCAGCUCCAGAUGGGCGCGCACUGGCAUCAGCGGCAGUCGGAGACACAGGUAGAGAAGAAAGCAUCGUGCUGUAGUAGAACCAGCCACUCGCAUGGCAGCAAGUAUGACAUCACAGCACCACACAUCAUCACUAUGUCAUCACCGCAGGAUCAGGGGGUCGCCCGGACAACACGUGGGCUCCCUGCUUCACGUCAUGUGGAUACUGAUGAUGGGAUUUACUCCAGAAUCCUGGGCCUCCUCAGACACUCAACCUCAUUCCAUAAAGAUCGAGGGUGACAUCACUCUGGGAGGCCUUUUUCCGGUGCAUUCCAGGGGCCCCGCUGGUGUUCCAUGUGGAGAAAUUAAGAAGGAGAAGGGGAUCCAUCGUAUGGAGGCCAUGUUGUAUGCGCUAGACCAGAUCAACAGUGACCCAGACCUGCUGCCUAACAUCACUCUGGGUGCCAGGAUACUGGACACGUGCUCCAGGGAUACGUAUGCCCUGGAACAGUCCCUCACCUUUGUCCAGGCCCUCAUCCAGAAGGACAACUCAGAUGUUCGGUGUUCCAAUGGAGAACCGCCUAUCAUCCCAAAACCAGAGCGUGUGGUAGGGGUCAUCGGGGCUUCGGCCAGCUCAGUGUCCAUAAUGGUGGCCAAUGUUCUUCGGCUGUUUGCGAUACCUCAGAUCAGUUAUGCUUCAACAGCACCUGAGCUCAGUGACAACAAUCGCUAUGACUUUUUCUCCCGAGUCGUGCCGCCUGAUUCCUUCCAAGCCCAGGCGAUGGUGGACAUCGUCAAAGCCAUGGGCUGGAACUACGUUUCUACUUUGGCAUCAGAGGGGAAUUACGGAGAGAGUGGUGUAGAUGCUUUCAUCCAGAUAUCCAGGGAAGCAGGAGGUCUUUGCAUCGCACAGUCUAUUAAAAUUCCUAGGGAGCCUAGACCAGGAGAGUUUGACAAAAUCAUCAAAAGGCUAAUGGAGACAUCCAAUGCCAGAGGGGUUAUUAUCUUCGCUAAUGAAGAUGACAUCAAGCGUGUCCUGGAAGCAGCAAAAAAAGCCAAUCUUACAGGUCACUUUUUGUUUGUGGGAUCUGAUAGCUGGGGAGCAAAAAACUCACCCAUUCUAAACCUGGAAGAUGUGGCUGAGGGUGCAGUUACUAUCCUCCCCAAGCGGGCAUCCAUUGAUGGGUUUGACCAGUACUUCACAACAAGAUCGCUCGAAAACAAUAGGAGGAACAUCUGGUUCGCUGAGUUCUGGGAGGACGACUUCAAAUGCAAACUGACACGGCCUGGAAUCCGAGGCGACAGCGGGCUCAGGAAAUGCACAGGAGAGGAACGAAUCAGCCGGCAUUCAGCAUACGAGCAGGAAGGGAAGGUGCAGUUUGUGAUCGACGCCGUGUAUGCCAUGGCCCACGCACUCCACAGCAUGCACAUUGACCUCUGUCAGGGUUCGAUGGGCGUUUGCGACAAAAUGGACCCGGUUGAUGGAAGAAUGCUGCUGAGUUACAUCCGUGCCGUCAAUUUUAAUGGCAGUGCUGGGACAGGUGUGAUGUUUAAUGAAAACGGUGACGCCCCAGGACGAUACGAUAUCUUCCAGUACCAGCUUUCUAAUACCACCAACCCGGGAUAUAGAAUCAUCGGCCAGUGGACCAACCACUUACGACUCAGUGCUGAGGACAUGCAGUGGUCUGGAGGGGAUAAACUGGUUCCGGACUCGGUUUGCAGUUUUCCCUGCGAGUCUGGGGAGAGGAAGAGGAUGGUGAAGGGUGUGCCGUGCUGCUGGCACUGUGAGCUAUGUGACGGAUAUCAGUACCUCCUGGAUGAGUUCAACUGCGAUUUGUGCCCCUUUGAUAUGAGGCCCACCCCUAACCGCACGGGCUGCCGUCCCACUCCUAUCAUCAAGCUGGAGUGGAGCUCUCCGUGGGCCAUCAUCCCAGUGUUUCUGGCAGUGCUGGGCAUUCUUGCUACAUCAGGAGUCAUCAUCACCUUCAUCCGCUUCAACGACACCCCCAUAGUCCGUGCCUCGGGCCGAGAGCUCAGCUACGUUCUCCUGACGGGCAUCUUCCUCAUCUAUCUCAUUACCUUCCUCAUGAUCGCUGAGCCGAGCACAGUGGUCUGCGCAUUUCGCCGGUUGUUUUUGGGCCUGGGCAUGUGCAUCAGUUACUCUGCCAUGCUCACCAAGACCAAUCGGAUCUACAGGAUCUUUGAGCAGGGAAAGAAAUCAGUCACACCACCAAAAUUUAUCAGCCCCACAUCCCAGCUGAUAAUCACAUUUAUUUUGAUCUCAGUACAGGUCCUGGGUAUUUUCAUUUGGUUUGGAGUGGUUCCCCCUCACACGAUUGUCGAUUUUGAUGAGCUACGUCCCCCCAACCCUGAGUUUGCGCGUGGGAUCCUGAAGUGCGAUAUGUCAGAUCUGUCUCUGAUUGGCUGUCUGAGCUACAGUAUGGGGCUGAUGGUCACAUGUACAGUCUAUGCCAUUAAGAGCAGGGGGGUUCCUGAGACCUUCAAUGAGGCCAAACCCAUCGGCUUCACCAUGUACACCACCUGUAUCAUCUGGUUGGCCUUUGUGCCCAUUUUUUUUGGCACAUCACAAUCCACAGAAAAGAUGUUCAUUCAGACCACCACGCUGACCGUGUCCAUGAGUUUGAGCGCAACGGUGUCCCUGGGCAUGUUGUACAUCCCCAAAGUCUAUGUCAUCAUCUUCCACCCAGAGCAGAAUGUUCAGAAGCGCAAACGCAGCUUCAAAGCCGUGGUCCAGGCAGCCACCGUCUCCACUCAUCUCUCACAGAAAACCAGUGACAAGCAGAACGGAGAGACCAAGGUUGAACCAGAUAGAUCCCAAUAAAGACCAGGAGGUAAAAAAAACAUAUAAGGUAUAUUGAAAAUAUUAUAUGUAUAUAUAUGGGUCUUUCCACAAAAUCUGUGCCUUUUCAAAUUGGAAAACAUGUUUUAAAUAUCCAUGAAAUGAAGACAAUAACAAAAAAAAUGCAUAGUGCCAUUUCAGACUAUGUAAAUUAUUAUUUUAUGACAAUUUUUCUACCUCAUGUUUUGGUAUUUUUGUCAACCGUUAUCGACACAAGCAUUACUAGAUAAUAUAGUUCAAUUAGAACACACAUUCAAAUAUGUGCUGCAUUUUAGUAAUUUUUUAUUUGUCAUUGACCAAGAACAUCUUGAUUUUGGAAAGUGACCACAUGCCAAUAAUACAUAUUUUUACAAGAUAUAUAAAUAUUUGUCCAAAAUAAAAAAUAAAGUUACAAGAAAAAAACCUGAUCAGCUGUAUCAAUUUUUUUUAUGUAAAUUUUUAACAGGAUUGAUAUCAUAGUCACAGGACUGAAAACACGCAUGACACACUCUUUAGCACACUGCACUUAUUUGUUUACUUAAUACUGUACAGUUUUGCUAUUUUAAAUCACAUUAUUUUGUUUUGAACUUGCUUGGUACAGUUGUAUGACAAUAGCAAACAGUCAAGUGCUCAGCUUAAGUUAGUUCAGUGUUGAUGUAUCAUAUAUUACUAAGAGAUCUCAUUUUUAAGGGUAUUGUAAUUAGAUAAUGUGUCUGUUUGUCUGUUCUGUUCCUCACAGAACUUCAGAUAUACUGAUAUCUGGUUCAAUUAUUAGGAAAGGCAGAUGAUCAGAUCUUGACUUUCUUGAACAUUGCAAGACUGGGGCGACGGGCUGCAAUCAUUUUGCUGCCCUUGUUUUUUGUAUUUGAAUUUACAUGGAUGCAUAAUUGACAAUGAGUUCUGGAAAAAAAAAUGAUUUGCUGAGACUGAUCAUUCUCGUUAACAACAACAGUAAUAGUAACAAAACCAAUAGUGUUAAGUCAAUACUAAUACGUAACUCAAGCUCAUAUGUCACUGAAUGAUAUAGGCAUUAGCACAGAAUUACACCCAUGUGGCCUUUGAACAUGUUUUGUAACAGAUUCGAUGAUUUCAAACAAAUUUUGUAAUUUCUAGAUAAUAGUAAAGUUCACAAAAGCAUGUGUUGUACACGUUGAAACAUGCUAUACACUUAUGAAAGGAUUUUACUUGAAGAUAUUGAUUAUAUAUUAUAUGUAACAAAUGUAACAGUAUGGACACUGCAUGCAACACCAAUAAAAUGCAGACGUAUGGCAAAAACAAUAAAAAAAAUUCACUAUAUUUUAUACAAUAGGCAAAUGUGAUUUUUCUAUAAUUUUGCAAAUUAAAAAGUCCUACUGAAAAGAAUCAUAGUGAGGGACAGGCCAAAUCCCUUACCUUUAUCAACACAAAUGCUAUUUCAGUCGUCUAAAAUAGUUUUUAACUGACUUUUUAAUGUAAUAUCGAUGAAAGAAGACAUAUUGUUUUUUAUUCAAAUGCAAAUUUAUUUGUUGUUAUAUUAAAUCCACGUUUGACCAUUCCUUAGAGAUGCAAAAGGCACAGCUUUUGUGGAAUGACCAAUACACUGAAAAAAAAACGGUUAACCGACUGAUCUUCAAGCUAUGGCUGCAUCAAUUUAUUUUAGUUACAUUUAAAUAAACAAAUUUAGUUAACUAAUUUUUUUUUUUUACGUAGCUAAAAUAAAUUGUUUGCAAGUGCUUACCUUUAAAUAUGCGGUAUCAUUUUUUUCAGUGUAUAAAUGAAUUUUCACAUUAUUUUUGAAUAAAUAUGUUAUUUGCGUAUUAACGGAGAUAUAACAGGUGUGAUCUAUCUGCGUUCAGGUCUGUGCACAUCCUAGUGAAGUAGUCUAAGAAAUAGUCGAAGCGAACUGCUGCUUGCUAAGUCAUUCAUUUUGCUACCACUAAUGGACGAGGAUCACCAGAGGAUGUGCUGCUAAUAUCUGGAUGAGAAAACACUAAUGUAAAGGAUAAAUGAAUAGUAGUGUAUUCUCACAUCAGCUUUGAGACUGCAAGUGUCUGUUCCCUUUACUAUGUACCUUGUCGCCACAGCAUCACCAGUUUGGUCGCAAUGAUAGAUUCACGAGGAAGAAGACUGUCCAUAAAGAGUCCUUUUGGAGAAAUAAAACAAAAGAAAAUUUCGUCCACCAGCAUUUUUGAAGGGUUUGCAUCACAUGUGCCCAAUGAAAUCGGACUUAAACAUGGGCACUCAUCAGUAAGUCACAUUCGGUUUCCAGUAAGUCAUCUCCGUCCUUAUCCCCUUAUCCUAAAUACAUAUCAUAAAACAUCAAUCCAUAAGACUAUCGGAGCUACAGAGACAACGUCGGGAUCAAAUGUGUUUCGACAGCUAAAGUGAACUCUUUGCUUUUAAAAACGUGCCAUAACUAUGUUUCAAAAUAAAUGUUUUAAGUGUCUUGUGUGCAGUCCUCAUAGGCAAUAUCCUGUAUUCUUAAACAUAUUUAUUAAAAAUGAUAGGUUACCAAGAAAAAGCAACGACAAUCUGUAACGAAACAACAAAGUUUUGAUCAGAGAUGUUUUAAACAAAAUAUAUUCUGUUGAUCGGUAUUUAUUGGUUCGUUUAAAUUAAAAUCGUGACAUUUUAGAGACUGACUUUGAUAUCCUUUUAUUGUCGGAGUAGUCAGAGUAAUCUUAGUAAAGCGGGGGGAGAACUGUUCAGUCACUUGUAUCACUUCAAGAAGCAGUUAAUAUAAAAUGAUGACCAUGCAGUUACUGUAAACUCAGGUUCUAAGUUAGGCUUAGUUAGCCUUGAUGAAUUUUGUGGGUGUCUUGUUUUCGUUUAAGAGAUAUUAAGAACACUGGAAUAAAUAUGUAUCGAUUGAAUGCAUGUUGGAAAAAAUGAUUUAAUAAAAUCCUGAAAAAAGUGGAAAUGGAAGAAAGCGUGUUAUUCUGUAGAAAUCGGUGUGAUUGCAAAAGCUUCUUGUUCUCAUAGUGUUCCAGAACAAAAUUACACGCAAUGGCUGUUUUACUCUGGGUUUUUUAAUAACCUCAAUUACAAUAUGAAAGCAGCAGUUUUGAACUCAUAAUGGUGGCUUGGACCGUUUCUAAGCAAUUUUUGGCAAAUAAAAGAGAGAAAAAUGCUUUCUAUAGAUAUUAAAUGUAAUGAUAGAAAAUUGUUUGUGUUACAGUUUGACUGCUGUAUGAUUUUUCCAGUUCUUUUGCUAGUUUGCUGUGUGGGUGUGUAGAAAUAGCUGAAAUAAUGUGGCAUAGUAACAAUGUGGUCAACAAAUACUCGAACCAAUCAGAAAACCAGCCGGUGAAUGAAAACUCACACUCCUGUUCCUCUAAACCUGUAUUUUUUUUUUCAGUUGAACACAAAAAAAUGAAUUUGUAUAACUGGGUGGCUACCAUUAAUUGUUUAGCUAUUAAAAUUCUUCAAAUUAUGAAUGUUUAGCGUAAAAAAAGAAACUCGUAAUGUUUUGGCACAGCAUAAGUCUGAGUAAAUUAUUGUAUUUGAUGAAUUUUAAUUGUGUGGUGAACUAUUCCUUUAACUGUCAUAUAAAUAAUACCCUUAAACAUUUUUAAAUAGUUAAAUAUAAAUAAUAGAAUAAUAGAAAAACGUGUUACAUAG